GUUUUGGUAUGGGCGUGCAUACUUUCGUCACAGGCAUAACCCGGAUGUAGAGUGCCAGUGCUGACAACAAAAAAAUCCUAUCCUGUCGUGGAACAGACUGAAAAAGGCCGGACAGGAGGCCCAGGGAAACAGAGGGACACAGCCAGAGACGCAGACAGACAGACGUACAGAUAGAGGACUGCUCCCAGACUGACAGAGGGCCCAGCUGGCCCAGCCAUGGCAUCAGCCAGCAGCACAGAUGUUUGAGGGACUUUGAUCUGGGGUGUUGCUGUGGGUUAGCUGGACAUUCCCCAGACGUUAUCCUUGGCUGGACCCUGGUGCUGUGUGUGGUGGUCUGGUUGAAUACUUAGCCCAUUCAGUGGUGUUCUGUUGGGCUCAGCCACCCCUCCACUCUGCCUUCCUCCUGGCUGGUGCUCAGGCUCCACUCAGGCCCCCCCUGCCUCAACGCUGGCGAUGUCAAGAGUCCCGAGUCCCCCUCCCCCCGCGGACAUGUCCAGCGGCCCUGUGGCUGAGAGCUGGUGUUACACUCAGAUCAAAGUGGUGAAGUUCUCUUACAUGUGGACCAUCAACAACUUCAGCUUCUGUCGUGAGGAGAUGGGCGAGGUCAUCAAGAGCUCCACCUUCUCUUCGGGAGCCAAUGACAAGCUUAAAUGGUGUUUGCGUGUAAACCCUAAAGGCCUGGACGAGGAGAGUAAAGACUACCUGUCCCUCUACCUGCUCCUGGUCAGCUGUCCCAAGAGCGAGGUGCGUGCCAAGUUCAAGUUCUCCAUCCUCAAUGCCAAGGGAGAGGAGACGAAGGCUAUGGAGAGCCAGAGGGCAUACCGGUUUGUCCAGGGGAAGGACUGGGGCUUUAAGAAAUUCAUCAGGAGAGACUUCCUGCUGGACGAGGCCAAUGGGCUGCUGCCUGACGACAAGCUCACUCUCUUCUGUGAGGUGAGUGUGGUGCAGGACUCUGUGAACAUCUCAGGUCAGAACACUAUGAACAUGGUGAAGGUGCCAGACUGCAGGCUGGCCGAUGAGCUGGGAGGGCUUUGGGAACACUCCCGCUUCACUGACUGCUCCCUGUGUGUGGCGGGACAGGAGUUCCAGGCACACAAAGCCAUCCUGGCAGCCCGAUCGCCAGUGUUCAGUGCCAUGUUUGAGCAUGAGAUGGAGGAGAGUAAAAAGAACCGUGUGGAGAUUAACGAUGUGGAGCCCGAGGUGUUCAAGGAGAUGAUGUGCUUCAUCUACACGGGCAAAGCCCCCAACCUGGACAAGAUGGCUGACGACCUGCUGGCUGCGGCAGACAAGUAUGCUCUGGAGAGGCUGAAGGUGAUGUGUGAGGAUGCUCUGUGCACCAGUCUGUCUGUGGAGAACACUGCAGAGAUCCUCAUCCUGGCAGACCUGCACAGUGCAGACCAACUCAAAACACAGGCUGUGGACUUCAUCAACUACCAUGCUGCUGAGGUGAUGGAGACGUCUGGCUGGAAGUCCAUGGUGGCAUCCCACCCCCACCUGGUGGCUGAGGCCUAUCGCUCCCUGGCCUCGGCCCAGUGCCCCUUCCUGGGACCCCCACGCAAACGCCUCAAACAGUCCUAGUGUCCCUGGAUCCCUUGCCCAGCUCUGCUCUGCCCUGGGACCACAGAGGGGUCUGCUCUCCUCCUCCUCCAGGCCCCCUCCAGAACCUAGAGAUGCCCAGAUUGAUACCAGAGCUCCUCUCUCCCUCCUCCCUCAGCUGAAAAUACAGGGAGAUGGUGUAGAUUUGGUACAAAGACGAUGAAAAAAAGGGAUGAUCCACCCUGAUUACUGAACAUAGACAGUGACUACCUUGUCUUACCCUGUACACCUGUAGAGAACAGAGUGUUUGGGUAUAGGAGGGAGGUAGAAGUUGUAAAUGCAUUUUUUUUUACUUUACUUUUUUUUAAAGUCCUCCUUGUAGCAUUGUGUAAAAACCCAAGCUUUAUGUAUGAAAUCAGAAAAACAAACAAAACAGACAAUAACCAAAAAUGGACAAAGAGAAAGUUUUGGGUGAUGAAGUGCCACCAUGUCCCAGUCAUCUUCCCUGAGCAGAGAAACACCCUGUAGUUCAUGUUUGACAUCCAUCUUGUACAAAAUAACAUUUUAAGCAUUUUUCUCGCCGAAGGGCAAAAAGAAAGGUGAUUUUUGCAAGAAACAAGAUGGAGAUGAACACGUUUUAAUGUUCAACAUGUCCAACCUUUUUCUCUAAGAAAAACGACAUACAUAAACAUAUUAUAUCAACUGUUUUUACUCUGACCCUUUUCAGGACUACUUUCCUCGUUGGUGGAAUUAGAACGCACUCCUGCGUCACUGUCAAAAUGCUAACAAAUGUUUAGUCUCAACACAAAAUACAGCUAUUUUGGAUUGUAAAA